GCGUAUCCACGAUGUCUGGCGAUCGUCUCUUCCGUCUCAGAUUUCCGAAGCCGGAAUGGAUGAACAGCGCCAACACCCGUAACGCAGGCGUCUACCUCUCCGGCGCACUGUUCUCCAUAGCCCUCUUCGUCCUCAUCGACUCCUCUGUUUACAGCAACUCCCGCCUCAAUGGCGCCGACCUACACAUCAACUUCGUGGACUGGAUCCCCGGCAUCUUCUCAUUCCUGGGAAUGAUCGUGAUCAACAGCAUUGACAAGACUCGCUUGACGGGCGACACAUUCGCAUACUCGGGAGACGGAGUGGCAUGGAAGGCGAGGGUGAUCCUGUUUUUGGGCUUUGCGGCUAUGGCUGGAGGACUAGCAGGUGGAAUCUCGGUAUUGGUAUUGAAGUAUAUCACGGCUGGAGCGGAGGGCAUGACGUUGUGGUUUGGCGUAUCGAAUUUGAUCGCGAAUGCGCUGGUGAUGUUCAGCUCUGUUGUGCUUUGGGUGAGCCAGAACAUGGAGGAUGAUUACACCUACAACCUUGCUCUGUGAGGACUUAGGGCGGGCAAUAGAAUCUAGCAGCGAUAACGACGGGAGUACGGGAUGCAAUGCGAUUGACCAAAUGCAGCUGUCCAUAAGGCGGCAUGCCUCUUCAUGAGAGAAUUGGCUGGCGGAUCUCUUAGAUCUCAGGUGCAGGUAACCUUGCUUGUGUGGAAGCAGUGCCGCUAGAUGACAGGGCGAUCCAGUCGCGAGCGAGCAGAUCAAGAUAUCCGUGCAGUAGCGGUUCAACCAUUCAUUGCGGUCGAGAUAUGUUGAUCUCCCGGCUUUGUGUUGUAUGGUACAUAGUGGUGAAGACCCCGG